UAAAAAGAAGGCAGUAACCUCAUGAACUAAAGGCGCGCCUGACGGUGACGGAAAAUAGUUUGAUACCUAGACAGACUCCGUAGACGAACUUAUGAUGCUGCUGAGCGCUGAGGGUGCGCAUGGCGUCCUAGUUUCACAUCUUAGAUCUCAGCGUCCCGGUCGGAGCUGACCGUCCCGGAUGUGCAGGAGUCCCAUGUGUAGUUAAUGUUCACGGUUGUCAGUUCGCGUCCGAAGACUAGGUUGUGCGAUAAGAUGGGAUAAAAUACCUUGCUACCUCGGACACACGAAGCCUGGGUGUUCUCAAUUCCCUUCCAUUGCAGAGUCGGACAGACCAAUCUUGUUAACGCCGUCACGCCAUGGAUGUCGAGCAAUUCCGCAGAGCUGGUUAUCAAGCCAUCGACAGAAUAUGCGACUACUAUAUCUCGUUGAGGGAACGCCCUGUCUCGGCCCAAGUGGAGCCAGGGUACCUUAGAAAGGCACUCCCAGCGUCCGCCCCUACUGAGGGUGAGGACUUCCAACUCAUCGCGGACGACUAUCAGAAGUACAUCAUUCCUGGCCUGACCCACUGGCAGCACCCCUCGUUCUUUGCCUACUUCCCCACGGCAUGUACAUUCGAAGGCAUACUUGGAGAGCUAUACGCCUCUAGCGCGCCUACCCCCGGAUUCAACUGGUCUGCGAGCCCCGCAUGCACAGAGCUUGAAGCUGUGGUCAUGGACUGGACUGCCCAAAUCCUUGGACUCGACAAGUCAUUCUAUAACAUCACCGAGGUCGGCGGCGGCGUCAUUCAGACAACAGCAUCCGACUCUGCAUUGAUCGCAACUGUCGCUGCUCGCUCACGGUAUAUUCGUGAGCACCCUCACGUGUCUAUGGAGAAUCUCGUGCUCUAUACCACCACCCAAACGCACUCGUUAGGGAAGAAAGCCGGGCUUGUCCUAGGUCUCAAAGUACGCGCACUGGAAGUGACAGCAGAAGAUGACUUUGCACUGUGUGGAGGGACGCUAAAAGUGGCACUAAAAGAGGAUGUGGACGCUGGGCUCCACCCUUUCGUCCUCAUCGCUACGGUCGGGACGACAUCUUCUGGUGCUGUCGAUCGGCUCGAAGAGAUUGCUGACGUUGCGAAACAAUACCCUUUCUUGUGGCUACAUGUUGAUGCCGCGUGGGCAGGAGUUGCCCUCGUGUGUCCCGAAUAUCGCGAGGCAUGCCAGCUUCCCGCUGUUAAUAAUUAUGCAGAUUCCUUCUGCACCAAUUUCCACAAGUGGGGUCUAAUCAAUUUCGAUGCCUCCUGUUUGUGGGUGAGGCAUAGGAAACAUUUGACGGAUGCGCUAGACGUCACGCCUGAGUUUUUGCGGUCAAAACAUGGGGAUGCUGGCACCGUCAUCGAUUACCGCAACUGGCAUCUUGGCCUCGGCAGGCGGUUCCGCUCGCUUAAAUUCUGGUUUGUUCUUCGUUCCCGAGGGGUUAAGGGGUUCCAAAAGUAUAUCACUGACUGCAUCAAGCUCAACGCCAAGUUCGCACAGCGCAUACGCGAAUCUGAUCAAUUCUCAUUCGUCGCGAAACCAUUCCUCGCACUGACCGUUUUCAGGCUUGCGCCCAAGUCCCUCCUUCACCUCACGACUCUCGAACUAAACUCUUUGAACCGUGCGUUUUACGCGCGACUUGCAGCACGGAGCGAUAUUGCAAUCACGCAGACAGACUUGAAUGGAGUAUAUUGUGUUAGGAUGGCGAUUGGCGCUGAGAAGACUGGGGAAGGGGAUGUUGAUAGGGCGUUGGAUGUGAUUGGGCAGGAGGGACGGGCUGCUUUGGGGGAGUGGGAGAGAAUGUAAAGUUGAAGGAUUAAUAGAUUGAUAAGGUAUACCCUGUUGGCUUUCUGCCUGAUUUGAAGCUGAGCGCCGAGCUUUGCUAAGAGCGUGGCGCUAAUAAGGCACUGAUCAAGUUCAUA